CAUUUGAUACAGCCCGUGGGCUGUGAUUUAUGUCGGCUAAUUUUGACCGGAUGGUCGAGACAAGUUAAGAGGCGAGUUACCUUGGAGGGCCACUACUGGUGUGGAGGUAUAAAGCCAAUCCGACUUCCCUUGUUGGUACUUUCUCAACCUGCCACUCCCAAACACACAUAAGCUUGGACCAUAGCCCAACUUACCUGCAAGAACAAUGAGAUUCUCAAUCCUCGCUCUGUUCGCCUUGGCCUCGGCUGCCUUGGCCCAAGAAAGUACUAGCCAAGAUCCGGGUCCGUCCCCCACUGCCUCUGUUGGAUGUGAGCCACACGGAGACCACUGGCACUGCGAAGGUCCAGCAUCGACAUCGGAGACCGCCACCCCAGCCGUUCCUAGCCCAACUGAAUCUGUAGGCUGCGAGCCGCACGGCGACCACUGGCAUUGCGACGGCCCCGCCUCGACCACCGCAGCAGCCACUACCACGGGCACCCAUUCACACACAGAUGAGGCCGAUGCCACCGAGUCGGUUGGUUGUGAGCCUCACGGCGACCAUUGGCACUGUGACGGCCCUGCUGAGACGGGAGCCUCGUCAUCAAGUGGCAGCAGCAGCAGCAGCAGCAGCAGCAGCGGUUCGACUGGCAGCAGCACAAGCACUGCUGCCGCUGCUACAGGCACCGGAUCGGAUGAGGACAAUGCGGCGGGGAAUAUGGGUGUUCGACUUUCCGUUGCGGUCGGGUUGGCGCUAGGAGUUGCGGCGUUCCAACUUUAAGGUAGCAUGGUCGAUGUCGGACAUUGUAUAUUCCAGUCUUGUCAGGGACCGGGGUGUGCCG